GGAAAGUCCUGACUUGACUGGUCACAGUAAUGAAAGGCAGUAAUAGAAAUAAAGAUCAUUCAGCAGAAGGAGAAGGAGCUGGAAAACGACCAAAACGCAAGUGUCUUCAGUGGCAUCCAUUGCUAGCAAAGAAACUUCUUGACUUUUCAGAAGAGGAGGAAGAGGAAGACGAAGAGGAGGAUAUUGACAAGGUUCAACUUCUUGGGGCUGAUGGCCUAGAGCAAGAUGUUGGUGAGACUGAAGAUGAUGAUUCGCCAGAACAGCGAGCCCGUAGACCAAUGAAUGCAUUUCUUUUAUUUUGCAAACGCCAUCGCCCCCUUGUCCGUCAGGAACACCCCAGGCUUGAUAACCGAGGUGCUACCAAGAUACUAGCUGACUGGUGGGCUGUUCUCGAUCCAAAGGAAAAGCAGAAAUAUACAGACAUGGCCAAGGAGUAUAAAGAUGCAUUUAUGAAAGCAAAUCCUGGCUACAAAUGGUGUCCUACUACGAACAAGCCUGUGAAAUCGCCAACUCCCACAGUCAAUCCACGGAAGAAACUUUGGGCCUUUCCAUCUGACUCUUCAAGAGACUUGCCAAGCCCCAASAAGGCAAAGACUGAAGAAAUGCCUCAGCUGAACUUUGGAAUGGCUGAUCCUACUCAAAUGGGAGGCCUGAGCAUGCUGCUGUUAGCUGGAGAACAUGCUCUUGGCACACCAGAGAUGUCCUCUGGUACUUGCAGGCCUGAUGUUUCAGAAUCCCCUGAAUUGCGUCAGAAGUCACCAUUGUUUCAGUUUGCUGAGAUAUCUUCAAGUACAUCCCACCCUGAUGCUCCUACAAAACAGUGUCAAGCAUCAGCCUUGUUUCAGUUUGCAGAGAUCUCUUCAAACACUUCGCAGUUGGGUGGUGCUGAGCCUGUAAAACGCUGUGGGAAGUCUGCACUCUUUCAACUGGCAGAGAUGUGCCUGGCAUCAGAAGGAGUGAAAAUGGAUGAAACAAAGCUAAUAAAAGCAAAAGAAUCAGAUGGUGGAAGAAUCAAAGAAUUGGAGAAGGGAAAAGAGGAAAGAGAGAUAAAAAUAGAGAAAACAGAUGAAGCUGGGUUACAAAAGGAAGGAGAAUUUGAAAAAUCAUCCAAGGAGAAUAUAAGAGAUUCUAAGGAAUUUAGAAAUUUUGAGGAGCUACAAAUGGAUAAUGUAAUGGCUAUAAAAAUGGAAGACCCCAAAGAAAUUAGAAAGGAAGAAUUAGAGGAAGAUCAAAAAUACAGUCACUUCCCUGAUUUUUCAUACUCUGCCAGUAGCAAGAUAAUAAUAAGUGAUGUUCCCAACAGAAAGGAUCACAUGUGCCAUCCGCAUGGAAUUAUGAUCAUUGAGGACCCUACUGCUCUAACCAAACCAGAAAAGCUAAAAAAGAAAAAGAAGAAAAGCAAAAUGGAUCGACAUGGAAAUGAUAAAUCCACACCCAAAAAGACGUGCAAAAAGAGGCAGUCUUCAGAAUCUGACAUUGAGAGUGUCAUAUAUACCAUUGAAGCUGUUGCAAAAGGAGACUGGGGUGUUGACAAACUUGGAGAAACCCCACGAAAGAAGGUCCGCACAUCCUCAAGUGGCAAGGGAAGCAUUUUGGAUGCCAAGCCACCAAAGAAAAAAGUGAAAUCAAGAGAGAAGAAAAUGUCAAAGGAGAAAUCCUCAGACAUCACCAAAGAGUCAAGACCUCCAGAUUUCAUUAGUAUUUCUGCCAGCAAGAACAUUUCUGGUGAGGUGCCAGASGGUAUAAAAGCAGAACCAUUGACUCCCACAGAGGAUGCACUACCAACCAGCCUGUCAGGACAGGCUAAGCCUGAGGACAAUGACUGUCACAGAAAAAUAGAGACCUGUGGUUCCAGGAAAUCUGAGAGGUCUUGCAAAGGUGCUCUUUAUAAAACCCUGGUGUCUGAGGGCAUGCUCACCUCUCUGAGAGCUAAUGUUGACAGAGGUAAACGAAGCUCAGGAAAAGGGAACUCCUCUGAUCAUGAAGGGUGUUGGAGUGAAGAAAGCUGGACCUUUAACCAGAGUGGGACCAGUGGGAGCAAGAAGUUCAAGAAGACAAAGCCCAAGGAAGACUGUCUCCUUGGCUCAGUAAAGCUGGAUGAAGAAUUUGAAAAGAAAUUCAACAGUCUCCCUCAAUAUAGUCCUAUUACAUUUGACCGGAAAUGUGUACCAGUCCCAAGAAAAAAGAAGAAGACUGGAAAUGGGUCCUCAGAACCGUCUAAAACCAGCAAAGGUCCUUUCCAGUCUCAGAAAAAGAACUUAUUCCACAAAAUUGUCAGCAAAUAUAAGCACAAAAAGGAGAAGCCUAAUGUUCCAGAAAAAGGAAGUGGGGAUAAAUGGUCAAACAAGCAACUCUACUUGGAUGCCAUUCACCCUACAGAAGCCAUAUUUUCAGAAGACAAAAACACCACAGAGCCUGCUUAUAAGGUUAAAAAUGUCUCAUCCAUUCCCAACACUCCAGAGCCAACAACAAUGCAAGAACCUUUGGUGGGCAGCCAAAAGAGAAAAGCAAGGAAAACCAAGAUCACACACCUUGUCAGGACAGCAGACGGCCGGGUAUCACCAGCAGGAGGUACUUUGGAUGACAAACCAAAGGAGCAACUGCAGAGGAGUCUCCCUAAAGCAACUGAGACAGACUGCAGUGAUGAGUGCUCACACAACACUGAAGCUGAGGAGACACGGAGCAGCACUCCAGAGAUGCCUGCUGUGUCUGCCUUCUUCAGCCUCGCUGCACUGGCCGAAGUGGCAGCCAUGGAGAAUGUGCACAGAGGUCAGAGGUCGACUCCGCUCACCCAUGAUGGACAGCCAAAAGAAAUGCCACAGGCUCCUGUACUUAUUUCUUGCGCUGACCAGUGAAGCGCCCUUUAAUUGUAAAACAUUGUGCUUUACCUACUACCCUAGCCUUGUCUUUACCAAGGGAUGCUAGUGAGUCCAUGUGGUGGAAAAUAUAGACUGCAAACAAGUGCUUGUUGCCCUACACGGCCCAGACUCACUUGAAGCAGAAGUUAGCAUCCUGGGCCAGUUUGUUCUUUUGGAACCCAGAAUCUUUAAGGGUGAUGUUAUCUGAUACUGAACAGAAACAGAAUGAUCCUGGAGCUUUGCUUUCCAUUGAAGGCUUUUGACAGUAAUAGGUGGUGACUUGGUAAAAGGCUGCCUUUACUGUAGCUCAUCCAGCAUCUCUUUUACCAACCAGAGAGUGUGAAACUAGUUUCAUAUAUUACCUAGUUAUUCUUUCAAAACAAAACAAAAAACAAAMAAAAAAAAACUGACGCACUGCACUAGUUAUUAUUAGAUAUUCUUAGUCUUUUUUGUACAUGGAGAUUUAAGUUCUAAGAUGGUUUAUAUAAUAGGUUAUACCUACAUUUAUAUUGUAGAAUAAAUAUUAAAAAGCCUGUUCCAGAGACUCCCAAGCAGCAUGGGCAGGCAGAUGUACCAUUGUUAGCGGUGUAUGCUCGGCCUCGUGGUCCAUAUAUUCUGCACUUUUAUAUUUGCCACCAGAGUGAUAGUUUGCUGGCAAAAAGAGAGUGAGAGAGAGAGUGAGAGAGAGAGAGAGAGAAAAUUACAAUUCUUACAAUCUGAAUUUUUUUCUUAGCCUUGAGUGACCAAGAAGAAUUUGCUUGGGGCAAAUUGUGGCAAAUAUUUUCCCAGACAGGGGAAGAGUCCUGCAGAUUACAGAUUACUGAUGUUUUCAUGCCUUGAGGAUUCUUUUAUUUUUACACAGGGGUCUAAGUGACCAAUGAAUCGUUCAUACAAACAAACAAACAAAAAAAGACAAAAAUAUUAUUCAGAAGUGACCUUAGUAUUACUUCACUAUUCUAAACACAUUGAAGACAUUCACUUCAUGUGGACUUGGAGCUACAGACCUUUCACAUCCAUCACAGACAGACUGGACAUGUUGUAAUUGCUAUGCACAACCUAAUUGGCACUGCAGGUUUUUAGAGUCAUUUCAAGCUUGCUGUUUAGGAGGUAUUGAGUACAUGAUAGGGGAGGUAUACCUGAGGUGGGCCUCUCAGUCAUAGAUCCACCUGCAAGUUCUGUUUCCUUUUUGUGUUUUGUUGCUUUUAAACAUAAAACCAACCAUUACAUAUGCCAGUGCCAAGUGGAUUAACUGGCUUAGAACAUUGAACAUAUUGACUUAACCACCUGACGUUCACAGUGUCUUGUUUCCUAGCAACAGAUGCAAAGUGAUAAAUCAAAAUUAGUCUGAGGCUACAGAUUUUACAGGGUAUUUGUUCCAUAGCACAAAGUAUUUCCCCACUUUUGCAUCACAGCACAAACUACCAAAUUUUGAUUAUUGGAUUCCAGCAAUAAUUUUUAAAGGUUUUCAAACUGGUGGAGUUUUGAUAGUUCUAGUUCGAGUUUGAAGCUUUUGAGUUAGAUCUCUAAAUGGUGACAGUUUACAUGGUUUUAUCUAGCUUUCUUAUUUAUACUUGACUGAAUUGUAAUGAUGACUUUUUUUUCUAAUUGUAAUUUGACCUAAUAGCCAUAUAAAAAUGACUCUAUUAAUAUUGACUAGGUUUAGCUUCUCAUGGUUGUAGAUAUUACUUCAGUUUCGGUGCUGGAAAAUAUGUACAACAUAAACUAACAGGAUUGGAAAAACUGAAGAGGGUUUGUACUCUCUCUCGUUUUUUUUGUUUUUUUUUUCAAAGCAGGAAAGAGGGCAGCAGAGCAUUGCAAUGAUGUUCUCAAAAUUGUGUCUUCAUUGUGGAGAUGGAGGAGGCAGGAAUUAGUAGARGAUUUAUCUGUGGUUAUAGCUUACCCCCAUUCACAUAGAAACAUCAAGGGAAUAGUCCCAGAUUUUAGCAUACUGUUUUUACUAUGAUACAAUUUUAUUAAUAUUUUCUAAAUUUCAAAGCAAAAAGUGAAUGUUUGAAAAUUGCUGGGUCCUGAUGUUGGUGGCAGUUGGAGUUUUGGACCACUUGCUAGCAGUGAUUUAAAUAUUAUAAUUAGCUGAAAUCCAAAAAAACAAAACAAAACAAAAAAACCAACAACAAAAGUUGUAUGGUGCAGAACAUGCAUCUUGACAAUGGUACUAACUUGUCACUCUGUAGAACACAUUAGAAUAGAUCUAGUCUUGCCAGAGCACCCUCCUUCAGUCCUCCGAUUACAUUUCACUAGAGUUCCUUAAGAGAUUGCUGUAUAUUCAUGGGACCUUUUUUUAAAAAGAAGCAAAACAGAAGAUUACUUUUUUCUAUGUGAUUAAUAUCUUACUUGAUCUGCUUUUCCUAAAACCUCAGUGGCUUUUCCCUUAGGCAGGGGUGGGGGAGGGGAGACAACUUCCUGGAUAUGACUGUUUUCAGAUACUUUAAAACAAACCUUUUUGUAGAAAUGCUUAAUUUUUAAGCGGUUAGGCACUGAGAGUAGCAGAAAUCCUGCAAGCUUUAUAGUUCUUUAGGCACUUGCCUUGUUUCUCUGAGAGGUUUUGAUUCCAGUGGUAGUGCUUCUCAUGCCCUUAAUCUGUUGGAGAGGGGUGUUGGUAUUUUCAGGUAACAUUUGUCAGCACAAGUAUUUCAGACCAGUAUGUAGUGCCCCCCACAUUAUCAUUUUCACUUCAUUCUCUCAUUCUUCUUUAUUUUGGAAAAUCAUAUUGCUAUGGUAUGUACUUUAAUCUGCCAGCAAACACCAUCUACACUAACAUCUGUCCCACAGCAUCCUCAAGAAAAAAGUUGUUGCACCUUAUGUAUAUCUCAAGCAAACCAAAAUAUGAUGCUCUUCUGCUUUGUUUUAUUCUAAAUCGUUGUAUCAUAUCUUUCUGAAACCAUUCUGAAUUUAGUUGAAAUUAUCAAUAUUUAUGCUUUUAACCUUAAUUUCUGGAUUCAAACCUGUAUAUAAAUCUUUUGAAAAAAAAAAAAAUUGUCCUAGCCCUUCUCUGCAACGCUGGAAGUGGAAUAUUUCGUCUCAGAUGGAGACGUAGUAUUGUUCCAGUUUUCUCUAGCUUUUUAUUUAUUUAGUUAUUCUGGUAUUUCCUAUGUAAUUUUGAAGUGUGUAGAGUAUAUUAUAGUAACUGAAACUGCAGCUCUAAGAAGCUGAGUGAAAGAAAAAAAAAUACUGUAAGACAUCCUUGAAGUUUUUAUUUGUUUGGGUACUGUAUUCGAGAUCAGGAAAAGGAAAAUGUCCCAUAGCCACAUUGGAAAUACAGGUUCUUGUCCCCAAAUUAGGUCAAUUCCCAGAUUUUAGAUCAAAACUCUUCAGUAAAUCCUUUUUUGAAGAUAAAAUUAUACUAUUGUAAUUAUGACAUCCCAUUUCCCACAAAUGCCAGAAAUAAUUUAAUUCUGUCAAGAUGAUGCCCCAAUGCCAUGCCAGUAAUUCCCAUCCUAUCAUUGUUAUUCUGGUUCCUGACACUAUAAUUAGUGGAGAGAAAAAUAGUUGGAACA